AUGGUGCACAAGUGCGAAGCAAUUCCAUUCCCAGAGGGGACAGAUUACAAUAAGCUCGCGUUUGAGCUGCCAGGCACUCGCAAGCUAGGACAGACAGCCGUUUGGCCCGAGCUCAUCACCCCGGAGAAUCAACCGAUUCAGAAUCUUCAGGAUGUGUUCAACUCCGGCAUGUUGCACGGAGCAAACAAUCGUUGUCUUGGAUGGCGCAAGCUCAUCUCCAAGAACCCUGUCAAGUUUGCGCCCACUUACUCCUGGCUUACUUUCAACGAAGUCGACCAACGGCGUCGCUACAUCGGGUCAGCAAUUACUCAAUGGUUCCAGGAUGGGAAACUUGUGAAAGGUGAUCAAGGUUAUGAGGCUGUCGGUAUCUGGAGUAUUAACCGCCCAGAGUGGCAGCUGGUCGAUUUGGCCUGCCAAGCUUAUGCAAAAGUCAGCGUCAGCUUGUACGACACCCUUGGACCUGACUCCGUAGAGUACAUCGUCAAUCAUGCUACUCUAUCGGUCAUUUUCUGUGCGCCUGAAAAGGUCCCUGAACUUCUGCGACUCGCCCACCGGCUUCCUGCUCUCCGCAAAAUCGUUUCUUUCGACAAUCUUGGUGACCAGGCCAAACCUUUGUUGAGGGCUUGGGGGAAAGAUCGAGGGGUUGAGGUUCUUGAGUUAGAGGAAGUUGAGGCGCUUGGAAAGGCCCAUAACCUACCCUUGAUACCAGUUACGCCUAACACCAUUGCCACGAUCUGCUACACCUCGGGCACAACGGGCAACCCCAAAGGUGCUUUGUUGACACAUGGCGGGUUGGCUGUCUCCAUUUGGGCCAAUCUUCAUGGAAUGCUUCAUCAUCCCGAUGGUCCCCUUCUCAGCUACCUGCCACUUGCCCACAUCUAUGCUCGUUUUGCUGAACUGCUAUCCAUCGCGAUGGGAGGCCCCAUCGGCUAUUUCAGUGGCGACAAUCUCCGCCUUCUCGAGGAUGCUCAGAUCCUCAAGCCUGUUUACUUCCCAUCUGUGCCUCGUGUGCUUAACAAGGUCUAUGCCGGUGCUUCGGCAGCUCUCGCAAACGGUGGUAUAAAGGCUUAUUUGUUGAGCAAAGCCAUUGACGCGAAACAGCAACGGUUGUUUGCUACCGGAAGCAGAGUGCAUCCUUUGUGGGAUGGACUCGUUUUCCGCAAGAUUCGGUCUCUCCUAGGCGGCCACGUCGGGAUGAUUUCCAGUGGCUCAGCUCCUAUCAGCGGCGAGGUGCUUACGUUCCUCAAGGUUGCCUUUAGUGCAGAGGUUGUUGAGGGCUACGGCAUGACCGAGAAUUGUGGUACCUGCCUACGCGGUGCCCCUCCUGAUCAUUUUGGUGUGGGCACCUGUGGUCCUCCACAACCCUGCAAUGAGGUUAAGCUUAUCGAUGUGCCGGAGAUGGGAUACACUUCUCAGGACAAGCCAUAUCCCCGAGGCGAGCUAUGUACGCGCGGUUGGAACAACACUCUAGGGUACUACAAAGACCCCGAAAAUACUAAAAAGACUAUUGAUUCCGAGGGUUGGCUCCACACUGGUGAUGUCGCUUCAAUUGACAGCGCCGGUCGUGUAGCUAUCAUUGAUCGUGUCAAGAACAUCAUGAAGCUCUCGCAAGGAGAAUAUGUAGCUCUUGAAAAGGUGGAAAACAUCUACAGUACUGUUCCUCUCCUGCAAACCACGUUCGUUUAUGGUGACUCGCUCCGAGAUCACCUCGUUGGAGUUGUAGUCCCGGAUCCCAUCGCCAUCACCGAUCUUGCCGCUCGUCUCGGUCUUGGCAAGAAGGACCCGACUGACCGAAAUGCUCUGGAUGGGCUAAUCACUCUACCACAGAUCAAGAAAGAGAUUUUAGACAACAUGAAUGCGGUAGCGAGGGAGCGUGGACUUAAAGGAUUUGAGACCGUCAAGCUCGUCCAUAUUACGAACGAGCCUUUCACACCGGAAAAUGGCACUCUCACUCCUACUUUCAAAAUCAAACGGAAAGAGACAGCUCUUAAAUUCAAAAAGGAGUUGGAUGCUCUCUAUGCCGAAUCCGCCAAGUUGGCACCGCCGCCCAAGUUGUAGAUUACGACGUGAUUGCUUGUGCUUUGUGUACCUUUUGCUUUUACUUUGGUAAAUCUCAUCCACUUGAUUAUCAUCGCGCCGCCCAAACUUCAAACGAUUGGCGGACUCGGCCAUCGUCACUUCCACCGCAAAUUGACGAUCUGAACUAGUACUAUGUAGUAGAACAUUCGCAAGAAAC